AUGAACGGCGCGGACAGCACUGCCGCCGCAGACCCGAUCCCGGCCGCCGCUGCCAUGAGCCUGCCCAAUUCUGAAGUCGCCGACGCCGUCUACAGCGUCAAGCUGCUCGAGGCGCUGAGAAAGGGAGAUCGCGCCGCUCUCCAUCCUUUCCUGAGCGCCGCCAAGCCCGAGGGCGGAAAGCAUUAUGAAAACACGAGUCCGCUCCACCUGGCCGUGCGGUGCGCAGAGACGAGCGUCGUCGAGCUCUGCCUCGACUACAAGAGCGUCAAUGUCAACGCCAUUGAGAAUCAGCACGGCAACACCGCGCUCCACCUCGCCUCGGCCGCCGGGCGGGACGAUGUCGUCGAGCUCCUCCUUCGCCAGGAGGAUAUCGACGACACGAAGCGCAACUUCCAGGCCAAGGACCCGCUCGACGUGGCCAAGACGCCCGAGACGGCGCAGCUGAUCCAAGUCUCGCGAGCCCAGCUCAACGCCCACUACGUCGAGCUGCUCGAUGCGUACGAAAAGGGCUCGCCCGAUGCCGAGCAGAGGCUCUACACGCUGCUGGACAAGCCGAGAUCCUCUGCCAUCGACCUCAACGCCAAGAGCGUGGGCGGCACGACGCUCCUCCACGAGGCCGUCCGCCGCAACCACACGCGCAUGAUCGAGACGGCGGUCCGCAAGGGCGCCGACGUGUUUGCGCGCGAUCGGCGCGGCAAGCGCGUCAACGACAUGACCCGCGACGAAAAGGUCAAGGCGCUGCUCCGCCAGCUCACCAACGCCGACGCCGCACGCCAGUCGCAGGGCAUCCCCGGACAGCCCCCGUCGUUCAAAGGAUACAUGGGCAAGUGGACGAAUAUCGCCAGUGGCUACAAGACGCGUUGGUUUGUUCUCGAGAACGGCAUCCUGUCCUACUACCACUCGCAGGACGACGAGGGCAAGCAGACGCGUGGCGCCAUCAACAUGCGCUUUGCCAAGAUCCGCGCCGACAGCAACGACAAGCACCGGCUCGAGAUUAUCAGCGAGACGGGCAAGGGCCCCUCGAAGCUCUAUCUCCGCGGCACCCACCCGGUCGAGCGCGCCCGCUGGGUGCAGGUGCUCCAGCAGACCAAGGAGUACUUUGAGCUGGAGCGGACGCCGAGCCGUGCCGAGGGCGGCAUGUACAACCACCGCUCGCCCUCGACGUCGUCGCUGACGACCACGGGCACCAGCGCCGUCGCGGGCACGCCCGGUCCCGUGGCAGGCGUGACGCCGCUCACGUCGUCUGCGUCGAGCUUCGUCGGCGCCCAGCCUCUGAGCCGGCAGGCGUCCAACGGCGCCGGACCACGGAACCUGCUCUCGGCCAAGAUGCCCUCCACGCAGCAGAGCUCAUCUGGCCCAUCGAGCGAGCACAGCCUGACGCUGGCCAACCGGAGCCCGAGCCUGCUCAGCCGGUUCUCGACCGAGGAGCGCGACGACCAGGACUCGACGGGCGACGAGGACGGCGCCAGGUCUGGGGCGGCGCCGCACGAGGGCGAGUUCCAGCUGGUGGCCGAGUCGCUCCGGACGCAGGCCGAGCUGAGCCAGAGGCUGGCCGACUCGCUUCUUUCCACGCUCGGCACCUCCUCCGACCGCCCGACGCUCGACGACGGUGCCACGCGGAGCAGCAGCUCGUCGCGCAAGGCCUCGGCCUCGAUCCGCAACAGCCGCGCCAGCCUGUCGUCGAACCUCAGCUCGUCGGACAGCAUCCACUCGGCGCUCACGUCGGCGCUGCGCAGCACCAACCAGCUUGUGCUGCAGUACCAGCAGAUGGUGUCGGACCGCGAGUCGUACAUGCAGAAGCGCUACGAGCGCGAGCUCACCGUCAAGCACCUGUGGGAGGAAAACAUGCGGGUGCUGGCCCAGCAGCAUGCCGAGAUGGAGGCCGCGCUCAAGGAGGCCGCCGCCGACAACACCCGCAAGCGCAAGGCGCUGCGCGAGGUCCGCGAGACGAUGGGGUCCUCGCCCGGCUCCGUCAUCACGCCCGCAGGUGCCGCCGCCCGCUCGAUUGCCGAGAUCACCGAAGGCGAGCUCACCGCCAGCGGAUCCACGUACCGCGACAGCGUCGACGACGACGCCGACGAGUUCUUCGACGCCGUCGAGACCGGCCAGCUGCCGGGCCUCAAGAUCGAGGAGCCGCUGGCCGUCGAGCGACAGCACAGCCUCACCGAGGGCUGGCCGGAGCAUUUUGACGCCGGCCGCGUGCAGGAAGACCCGAUCAUGCCCUACCUCCACCUCCGCUCCGAGAUGCCGAUCGGCAAGGAUGACCGCCCCUCGGUCUCGCUCUGGGCCAUCCUCAAGAACAACAUCGGCAAGGACCUGACCAAGAUCUCGUUUCCCGUCAGCUUCAACGAGCCGACGUCGAUGCUGCAGAGGAUGGCCGAGGACAUGGAGUUUUCCGAGUGCCUCGACGCGGCGGCGAUGCAGGAGGACAGCACCAAGCGUAUCGCGUUUGUGGCGGCGUUUGCCAUGAGCAACUACUCGAGCACCAUCGGGCGGAUCGCCAAGCCCUUCAACCCGCUGCUGGGCGAGACGUUCGAGUACGCUCGUCUCGACAAGAAGUUUCGCUACGUCAGCGAGCAGGUCAGCCACCACCCGCCGAUCUCGGCGUGCUUCGCCGAGUCGCCGUCGUGGGAGUACAAGGGCUGCGUCGAUGCCAAGUCCAAGUUCCUCGGGCGCACGUUUGAGAUCCGGCCAACGGGCGUGGCCCACGUUAACCUCAAGGUGCCGCGCGCCUGGGUCGACAGCGAGCGCGAGCUGCUGCAGCCCAAGGGCGCCAAGCCCGACGCGGACCUCGUCGUCGAGCACUACUCGUGGAACAAGGUGACGACGUCGGUCAGCGGCUUCAUCGUCGGGUCGCCCACCAUCGACCACUUCGGCGACAUGGAGGUGACCAACCACGCCACCGGCGACAAGUGCAUCCUCACCUUCAAGCCGCGCGGCUGGCGGGGCAAGGACGCUUUCGAGAUCCGCGGUUCAGUCUACGACAAGCACGGCAACCUGGCGUGGGACAUUGCCGGCCGCUGGAACAGCCAGCUCGUGGCUCGCAAGGUGGGCGCCGGUUCGGGCGACCUCCACCCGGACCAGCAGGUCUCGGCGCCGCACGACGAGAUUGCUACCGCCCAGCCCACAGCCGAGUACUUGCUGCUGUGGCGCAACAGCGUCAAGCCUGCCACGCCCUUCAACCUGACCCCCUUCGCCAUCACGCUCAACUCGUGCCCACCGGAUCUGCGCCCGUGGCUGGCGCCCACCGACUGCCGGCUGCGCCCGGACCUGUCGGCGUUUGAGCAGGGCAAGUUUGAUCAGGCCAACGAGCUCAAGCAGAACCUGGAAAACUUCCAGCGCGAGACGCGCAAGAAGCGCGAGACGGGCGAGCUGCCGCCGCACAAGCCGCGCUGGUUCACCAAGACGGUCGAUGGCGACACCAACGACACGCUCUGGCAGCCGCUGCCGGGCACAACGGGCACCGAGCCUACGGCCUACUGGGCCGAGCGGCUCGACGUGGGCCGCAAGAAGCGCAGCGGAGAGCAGGCCGACUGGCAAGACGUCUACCACAUCUUUGGCGACUUUGAGGUGCGCUAG